UUCGUUUCGACGCAAUAGAACUUUGCCACAAGUACAAAUUAUCAAAGAAGCUAUGACUCUUGAAAACUUAGUGAUUUCAGUAUUUGGAAUAAUAUUAAAAAAAUUUCGAGAUGAAGUAUCAGAAAAACUUAGUGACGGUGGCGUUACUAGUAAAACAUUGAGCGAUAUUAUCAAACGAGAUUUACAUGACAUUAAAGAAAAGAUCGAUUUUCUUUCGCGAAAAGAUCUUCUUGCCAGUUUGAAUUUCUUAGAACAAGGAGUCAUUCGACACUCUAAAUGCUUUGACGAAGUGAAAAAAUUUGAAUUAGAAGAAUUUAGAGAUGCCUACAACGGCAACAUGUCGUCAGCAGCUUGUGGCGUCAUCAGGUUCAAGAUAAUGCAUCAGAAAAACCUAAAGACAGUGAUGUUACCAAUGAAACAUUGCGUUAUAUUGUCAUACAAGAUUUACACAAAAUCAUGUAAAGGAUCGACUGUCCUUCACGAAAAGAUCUUCUUUUGGGUUUAAAUUUCCUAG